CGUCGUUUGAUCGCGUUCCUACUUUUCUUUUCACAAAUUACCGUUUCAAGCACGCCUCGUCAUCAUAACGAAAAUGUCGUCAUUUCGGCUACCUCAUAUUUCGUCGACUACAGCAGUGGCAGCGGCGGCGGCACGUCGCAAUGAAAACAACGAUCCCACAUUAACAAGAGCUCAAACAAUGGCUGCAGCACGAAUACGAAAUCCAACCAGUCGAAUCAACAAAAUGGGCGAUCUCAAAGUGGCUAGCUAUAAACAUUUACAUCUACACCCACCAACACAGAGACGACAGCCACUGACUACUAACAGACAGCCUGCAGGCCAUUUAUUGCCAAACAAUAAACAAUACCCACACAUAGCAAACUAUCGACGCGGACCUAGCGCUCACUCUCGCGCACCUACUGUUAUCACCAAUAAAGAUAAUACGGAGACGUACACAAAAUUGAAGUUCCUAGGCGAGGGUGGGUUUGCCAAAUGCUACAAAGUGCAAAGUCCCGAGGGACAGAUCUUUGCCGCCAAAGUGAUAUCCAAAUCAACGCUACAAGACACGAAAACCCGUAUGAGAUUGUUCUCUGAAAUCAGCAUCCAUCGAAGCAUGAACCAUCGCUCCAUCGUCCGUUUUCAUAGUUGCUUUGAAGAUACCCGAAAUGUUUAUUUGAUUUUGGAGCUCUGUGAUAACAAUACACUUGUUGAAAUGCUUAGAAGUCGUAGCCGGUUGACCGAACCAGAAGUACGAUUUUUCCUCAUCCAGAUCCUGGACGCCUGCCGAUAUAUGCAUGACAAUCGCGUGAUUCAUCGUGAUAUCAAGCUUAGCAACGCCUUUCUGGACAAGAACAUGAAUGUGAAAAUGGGUGACUUUGGCCUUGCUGCUAUUUUAGUUGAUCGAAGUGACCGAAAAAGGACAAUCUGUGGUACUCCGAACUACAUUGCACCCGAAAUCCUGUUUAAAAAAGAAGGACAUAACCACAAAGUCGAUACGUGGUCUAUCGGUGUCUUGAUGUUCACUCUACUUGCGGGUAAACCUCCCUUCCAACAAAACGAUGUAAAGCACAUCUACAAGAAAAUUAAAGCGAAUUGGAAAAAGCCUUCUUAUGAACUACCAAGUUACCUUGGUGAUGAUGCUAAGGACUUGAUCGAGAAACUUCUCAUCAACAACCCUCGUCGACGACUAUCAGUACCUCAAAUCCUCAGUCAUGACUUUUUCCAAAAAGGACUAUUACCGUCUAAAAUUCCAAUUGCUGCAUUGCAUCGCAUACCAAGCGAUGAAGAAUUAUAUCCGACAACACAGCCGCACAAUGUCAUGGCAUCACCCGGCAGGGCAGGAGAGGCAUUGCGAGAUGCUAUCGACGCCAAUAUAAGCUACGUUGAUCACCGACUGAUUGACGAGUUAAAGAUCAUGUCAGAAGUCAUAAGAGACCAUCGGGAAAUGUUUCCUGGACGACCUGUGGAUAAGGAAAACGCUGUACCGGGCAAAACCGAGCCAGAAAAAGAUCAAUCACGGAAAGCUUCUUCAAGCGAAGCUUCGCCAAGUACUUCCGAGUCUCUAAAAAAACGUAGACCACCCGCAGUAGAAGAUCAACCACGCAAGCGCAGAAAUGUGGAGCCGACAAAAACUGAAACGGAAGCGUCCAUACCACCGUCACCGUCACCAACGCCAGUGGCCCCAAAGACCCGCGAAAAAUCAAAAGUGUCUAUUCUGGAAACAAUGGCACGUGCUCUACGGGAGUCCCUGGAAGAAGCCAAGAACAAAGAUGCGACUACUUGCCAAGAAAUUCAUGAUACGGAAUGGUCUCAUUCAAAUGUAUUCAUGGAUAAGUGGGUUGAUUACACCUCCAGAUACGGUUUAUGCUACAGUCUGAUGGAUGGUACAAUCGGUGUAUCAUUUCUGGAUUCCACCACGCUCUUGAAAAAAGAUGAUGACUAUCAAUAUAUCGUUCAUGAGCCCUUACCCAUCAAAAAGGAGUCAUACCACGCAAAUAAUAUCCCAGACGAAUUCAAGAAAAAGCUCUACCUCAUGUCAAAGUUUAACAGUCAUAUGGAAACUAAUCUGGCUCGAUUGGCCGACAACAUGCCCGAACCAGCGAAGGCUUCAAACAGCUGGGUAUACAUAAGCAAAUUCAUUGUCACUGAGCGUGCAGCCAUUUUCCGCUUAAGCAACGGGGUCAUCCAGUUUACCUUCUUUAACCACACCAAACUCAUCUUAACUGCAUGUGCGACACGAUUAGUAUACAUAUCAAAAGAGCGGCAACUGAAGAUGUACGCAUUAGAAGAUGCUGUGACGACAGACGACGAAUUCCUAAAGAGCGCACUUGAAUUUGCGCACGACAUACUGGAUGAGCAGAUUGUUGCACGCAACCGGAUGUAUGGCUCAUAAGGUUGAUUGUUGUAUAUAAAAACACAUAUUAUAUUCAAAUAUGUACAGUAUCUUUUUACAAAUUGUACAUUGAUUUAGAGGUUGGGUUGGCUGGGUGAGUGAGAUACGGUGAGAGUAAAUAUAGAUGUGCUUUUCCAAU